CGAGUGUUUGUAGGACAGGCUCGCCGGCUCGGGUGCGGUGUUCAGCCUCGCCGGCAUUCAGCCUCCAUCGGCUCCAGGUGCAGAAGCAAUGGCCGAGAUAGAUUUGGUGCUACAGAGCCCGAUCAGUUUUCUGCAACUCCACCCUCACUUUCGCCGUCACCUCCGAAUUCGUCUACACAAGCCGCUUCGCUCUCCUUCUCAUCGCCUACCAUGCCACGACAUUCCUCACCAUCUGACGCAACGGGCUGGCCGUUAGUGGAACCAUCACAACUGACCAGUCGGACCCAAGAGUCAGCAGUUCGCUCCACCCUUGGGGUGGUAAUAAACCAGUCCCAUCGUCACAGUAACCAUCAGCUUCUACCACUACUUCCUUCUAGACCACCAGUAUUCAUAGACUCAUUUGUACAGCUGUUGCUGCUACGGCCAGCCACGAAAAGUGGGGGAAAGCAUGCGACAGCAACCGUAGAGGAGGCAGUAUUUGGAACUGGAACAAAAGACUUCAUAGUUGCGGUCUAUCGAAGUCGGGUGGUGCGCUCAACUAGCGAUGAUCCAGUCUACGAUACCGAAUUUAUACACAAGUCCAUUUCUCUCAAUCAGGCGAGGGCUCUGAUGUUGAGGCUAUCCGUCUACAUUAUCCAGCCAGAAAACCGAGAGCGAUCUUGGCCCUUGGGUGAAAUUGACCUCGGCCAACUUGGUCAGGCCGGCUUAUCAUCAGACGUGGAAGUCGGACAAUGCUUGAGUCUGACAAGGCCACUUUCUGGUCUAAACAUUGCACAAGUGAGUAGAGAGCGAACUACAUUCAACCUAAAUUCCAACUAUUCAUGCCAUCCAUUUUGCAAUUUUGUUAAUGAAUAA